GCGUGGUAAAAGAGAACAGGAGAGAAACAGAGGGAAGGGAAGAAGAGGAGGGGGAUCUGUCGAAGAGAGGCGGAGCGACCUAACCUAACCUACCAUGGGGAGGGGCCAAGCGAGGGGAAUGCAGGGAGGGCCCCUGACACUGGAGAAGUACCACCGCUUCUUCGUCGACCCCUGGGGCACCCGCGUCACCAUCGACCAUCUCAACCACAUCAUCUCCAUGCACGGCUUCAUCAAGCUCCACCGCUCCAACAAGGGCGACAUCAUGGGUCGCCUGGUGGGGCAGGUCGACCUGCAGUCGCCGCGCCGCUCCACGCUGCACCACGCAGCGGGCCCGUCGUCCGCCGCCGCCAUCACCGCCGACGUGGCCAGCGCCGACGUGGACGCCAUCGGGUGGACGGAGUGCCCCAUCGCCUCCGUGGCCGCCUUCGCCGCGUGCCCCGGUGACGCGCCGGAGCCGGCGGAGCCCGAUCCCCGGCCGGCCGACUUCGUCGUCUCCGGGCGCCGGGCGCGGUCCAAGCGGAGCCGCAGCUCAGCCUACGGUCACAAGCCCAACAACGGUCAAUCGCCGGCGAAGGAGGAAGACGGGGAGUGGUUGCCGCCACCGUCGACUCCCCCGCGGUGGAUGCGUUCUCCAACUCCGCCUCCGCCGCCUCCCUCUCCACCACCACAGGAGACGGGGCCACCGCCUCCGCCUCCACCACCACCACCACACGAGACGGGGCCACCGCCUCCUGCACCGCAUGCGAUGGCGCCUCCUCCUCCCCGACCCGUACACUUCGGCGCGUCGCCUAUAAUUGUGCCAUGGCUGUCGUGGGGCUUGCCGUUGCCGGCGGUGCCACAGCCACAGCCGCAGCCGCUGUGCCCUGGAACGCCUGCGUUCACGCAGCAUCUCCCGCCGGGACAGCCUCCUUUGUGGAGAUCGCCGACGGUGCCGCCGUGUUACCCGGCACCAUUCUGGGGCGCGCCCUGUGCGCUGCCGCCUCCGCAGCAGUUCUGGGGUGGUCAACCUCCGUAGCCGCUGCCGCAGCAGCCACCACCACCCACCAUGCAGCUGCAGCAGCAUCCGCCGCCGCCGCUGGCGGGGGCUUUCUGGGGCAAUCCGGUGUUUUAGAGAGCUAUAUUGCAAUCUUUUGAGUCAACACUGUCACACAGAUGUACGAGACUGUUGAUGCUAAUUGCUCUUUGCAAUCACGUGUUCUAGUAAGAGGCGAAGCGAGUUAAAAAUGGCGUCGGGGUCAUCUCUAUUGCAUAGCAUAGAAAAAUAUGAAUUGUCUCUAUUGCAUUGCAUGAAAAAUAUGGAUCGAAACAGUGCUUUAGUAGAGAUUUUAAGAAUUUCGUCGAAAACGAGCCUGGCUCCACCCCUGGUUCCAGUUUCUGUUCUGCUGGUUCGUAGUUUCGACGUCCUGACAUGCAGUGAGAUGAAC